AUGCCAUCUAUUGACCUACCGGAACAGGCUUUUACCAUGGACGACACAUCCAGAAAAAUGAAAACGCAGUCUGACUUUCUUGAGAAAGCAGAAACACACACCAAUAUUGUGCCAGACCCAGCCAGCGAACUAUCCGAGCCUCACCGUGCGUAUCUCCUCCAGCGACAUGGCACCCUGGACCUCGACCCCCUCCCGAGUAUGGACCCGGCAGAUCCAUACAACUGGCCCUUAUGGAAGAGAAUAACCAACCUCCUCCUGGUGGCCUUCCACGCGUUCAUGGGCACCUUCAUCGCAGCAGGCAUCAUCGCCGCGUACGAAGACAUCGCGGUCGACCUGGGCGUGUCAAUCCAGAAAGUCAGCUACCUCACCUCGCUGCAGAUCGCCAUCCUAGGUGGCGGCCCGCUGGUCUGGAAACCGCUCUCGCAUCGGUUCGGACGGAGGCCUAUUUUUCUGGUUUCGCUGGUGCUGAGCUGCGCGUGCAAUAUCGGCUGCGCCAAGAGCUCGGAUUAUGCCUCUAUGGCGGCGUGUAGGGCGCUCGUCGCCUUCUUCAUCUGUCCUGCUAUGGCGAUUGGGAGUGCGGUCGUCGCGGAGACGUUUUUCAAGCGCCAGAGAGCGAGGUAUAUGGGUGUGUGA